GAUCGGAACUCCACAAUCACUGAGUUCUUGGAAAAGUGUGAGGAUUACCAGCUAUUCCAGUUCACAAAAUUCUUCUGGGACAGUCUAGAGCAAGCGAUGGAAGAUGGUGUGGAUGGACUCAGUUCAUUGUUAACAUACAAGAGGAUUUUCAACGGACAGGAGCAUCAGACUUGUGUCCAAAUGGACUCCAGAACUGAACUCAUUCCCAAGAGACAAUUAGCCUGGAGUCCCAAGGAUUUGACAGGAAUAGGCCUUGGUUCUAGAGGAUUCAAACGCAUCAAGAUGGGAUCCCAGAGGAUUAGGCCUGAGUCCCAGAGGAUUUGGUGCAAGAGGAUUAGCCUGGGGUCGUGGAGGUCUCCGAAGGAUUUGCUGGGGUCCCAGAGGAUUCGAGAGGGUGCUCAGCAGAAACAUAAAGAGAUGCUACGGGUACAAACUGAAACACUGAGAGUGAACACUGUCCAAAUAAAGGAGAAGGUGAAGAUUUUCCAGCUAGUUGAUCGAUAUGCUGAUCUCACGGUCAUUUCUACUGUUCGGGAUCGGAUUCUAGUAGAACAUGAACUGCUGGCAAGAGGCCGAGACCAUGAAGAGUGGAGACAGAAAUGUCUCUGGAGAGGACUGGAAAAAAUCCAAACGAAUCAGUUGUUCCAGAGCAGGUUUUCCCAGACAAAUUUCAGUUCAGGGAGUACGGUGGCAGUGAGUGGGGUCCCAGGGAUUGGUAAAACAACAAUGAUACAAAAGAUUGUUUAUGACUGGGCCAUUGGAAAGAUCUACCAACAGUUUCAAUUUGUCUUCUAUUUCAAGUUCCGAGAUUUGAAUACUAUUAACUGUAGAAUAAACCUGAAGAAUCUGAUACUGGAUCAGUAUCCUUAUUUUGGGAACAUUCUGGGAAAUCUUUGGAAGAAACCGGAGAGUUUACUGUUUAUAUUCGAUAGUUUGGAUGAAUUCAAGGGGAGGAUUGAUUUUUCUGACGAUCGGAGAAAUACAGGACCGCAGUUCACGUGCACAGAUCCCGAAUGCUGGUGUGAAGUGUCUGACAUUGUGUACAGUUUAAUACAGCACAAGCUGCUUCCAGGGUGUUCAGUGUUAGUGACCACACGUCCCACUGAGUUAUGUUUAUUGGAAAAGGCUGAGAUCACUGUCUGGGCUGAAAUCCUAGGGUUUGCUGAUGAUGAUCGGAGGGAAUAUUUCAACAAGUUUUUCGAAGAUCGGACAGUGGCAGCAGCUGUUUACAAACACGUGAAGGAGAAUGAGAUCUUGUACACAAUGACCUAUAACCCUUCAUACUGCUGGAUCCUCUGUCAGUCACUGGGUCCCUUCCUCUCACAAUCUGACAGGAAGGAGCAACGAGUUCCCAAGACCAUCACCCAACUAUAUUCCUACUAUAUUUACAACAUUCUGAAACACCAUGGCCGAAAGAUUGAAAACCCCCGUGAUGUGAUACUGAAGCUUGGUGAGAUGGCCUUCAAAGGAGUCUCUGAGAAAAACAUUGUCUUUAGAAAUGGAGAAUUGAUCCAGUACAGUCUGCAACCUUCCCAGUUCCUGUCUGGGUUCCUCAUGGAACUUCUGGAGAGGGAUGAUUCAGUCCAGACUGUGGUUUACACAUUCCCACAUCUCACCAUCCAAGAAUUUGUAGCUGCACUUGCACAAUUCCUGACUCCAAAUCCCAGGGACAUCCAGAAACUCCUCAGUGGUGCUCACAGUAAGGCAGAUGGCCGUUAUGAGAUCUUUCUCCGUUUUGUUGCUGGUCUCUCCUCCCCACAGGCAGCUUGGCCCCUGGAGGAGUUUCUGGGUCCAUUUCUUCAUCAAACAACCUGCCAAGUGAUUGACUGGUUGAAGGGGAUAGGCGAAGGACAGAUUCGAAACACAGGGAGCAAAACUGAUAAAAGGGACCUUCUGAACAGAUUGCAGUACCUUUUUGAAUCUCAGAAUAAAGCAUUAGUUCGGUCCAUAGUGGGAUCCAUGAAAACACUUGCAUUUAGUGGACUUCAUUUGACACCAGUUGACUGCUUUGUUGUGUCACAUGUCAUUGGACUGUGUGACACAGUAAAACUCCUUGAUCUCGAGAACUGUUAUAUUCAGCCUGAAGGAUUGCAGCGACUGGGCCCCGUACUGUACAAAUGCCGGGAGUUGAGGUUGAGAAACAAUGAUCUCCAAGAUCAAGGAAUGAAACUAUUAUCUGAAGCACUGAGGAACCCGGAUUGUCAAAUAGAAAAACUGCAGCUGAAUGAUAAUAGUCUCUCAGAUUCUUGUGCCCAGGACCUUGCCUCGGCUCUCGGUACCAACCAGUCACUGAUGAGUCUGAAUUUGGGUGAAAAUAAAUUGAAAGAUUUAGGAGUGAAACGACUGUUUGUGGUUCUGAGAAAUGUGAACUGUAAACUUCAGGAACUGGUGCUGCUUGGUAAUCAUCUCACACAUUCUUGUAUCGAAGAACUCGCUUGCACUCUCAGUACAGUUCAGUCAUUGACUGUUCUUAACCUUGGUAACAAUAAACUGGGAGAUACGGGAGUGAAACUGCUAUCUGUGGCAUUGAGCAAUCCGGCUUGCAAAAUUGUGAACCUGAGUCUAUGGGGUACCAGUCUCUCAGAUUCUUGUACCAAAGAUCUUGCCUCUGCUCUCAGUACAAACCAGUCACUGACCAUUCUGAAACUGGGAACAAACCUCUUCACAGACCAAUCUGUCCCAGCCAUCAGCCGUCUCAUUCUGGACUGUAAGAGUUUGGAGCGGAUUGAACUGUGGGAAAAUCAGUUCACUCCAACUGGAAAGAGACACCUGGAGUCGCUGCAGGAAUCCAGGCACAGACUGAAGGUGAUUGUGUGAACACUUCAAUGUAUAAACAACUGUGCUGUCAACAAUGUCACUGUGCCAGAAGACCAGUGUCCCUAUUCCUGGAUCAGAAGUUCAGGGUUUAAGUCCCAUCUGCAAAGGAGGGGUUAGAGACUCGCGCAUUUCCUCCUAGAAUGUGCUUUUGCAAAGGAAGUCUGGAGAGACAUGCAGUGAUUCUUGUUGAGGUUCAUCCCAAGCAGCUCCGUGACACAGGACUCUGUGCUGUGUGGUCUGUUCGCCGGGAUGCAUGGCAAGGCAACAAUCAGCUGUGCCUGGAAGACCAUCAGCAUGGUGAAAGAUGCUCUUUGGUCUGUCCAAAGUUGACCACAACCGAUUGUUGCAGAUUGGCACAUUCCAAGGUCCGGGACUACAUGCUGAGGGAUGCGCUAAAUCUUGGGGCAGGUGCUGCCAAGGUGCAGUGGGGAAAGACCACAAUCUAAGCUCUUUCUGCCAAAGUACAAUGGGGGUUUGUUCUGUUAUCAGACCCUCUCAUCGUCUCCAAAUGUAUGCAAAUUGUGUCGUGCAGUAGUAGGAAAUGCCUUUGGUCUUGCAGCUGCAGGCAAUGAGAAAUUCUAACGUUUGUUCUUCCUUUCUAUGCAAAGACUGUGCAGAACCACUUUCGUACCUGUGUAUAUGCAUUAACGUAAUUUUGUAUAAAUAAAGUAUAUUUUUGCAAUAAAAAUAAAA